AUGUGCAAUGACGUAAGAGAGGGUAUAUUUUGUGUAGACGAUGACGAAAGAUUUGGAGACAAAAAGAGGCGUGGUGCCGAGGACCCGCGUGCGACAGUGGCUUUUUUUGACCAAGAUUUGGUCCGAUGCGGCGUUACUGGACCAUCCGUCGGCAGUGCAGCUUGUAUAUCGGACCUAAUAAAUGCCGAUGAGCUGUGUGAUGAUGAAAUUGAUCUGAGAUAUGGCGGUGCGAUUUAUGAUCUAUCGAGCGAGCAGAUCGCGUGUCAAGCUAACGUCGGUAUGCUCACACUUUUGGCAGAUCAUUUCGUCGAACUCAUUGGUUCUGACGUUUUCUCCUCUACGGCCAUCAUAAGUAGAAGAUUGAGGACAAGGUGA